AUGGCCCAACAUUCAUCAGUCCCACGCACUCAGACUGUGAGAGAGAAGCUUACUCUAUCCCGACUCCAUAUCAUCGGAGUCAUCUCUCCAGCCCAGACCCUGGCCAUCCAGCAUAUAUUCGGCCAUCUGAUAAUUCUGGACCAUCAAGACUGCAGCAACUACAUCUCGAUCUCCCCAAUAUCGACCCGGAGGAUACAAGCACUCGAGAAUCAUUCCUUAUCAUCCCCCCACCGUUUCAGCAGCGAGCGAAGGGCUCCUUUGAAUUUGCUCUGGUCAGUCCACCUUUCUCCUUCAGUUUUCUGCAAGUCGAGCAGCUGUAAAUUCAGCCGAGACUGGGUUUCCCCAUUCGAUUUGCUGUUGCUGCUGCUGCUGCUGUUUCAGGCUGUUUCCCAUUCCAGUCCAUCCGCAUUCAUGCACUGCUUCUUGGUUGAACUUGAUGAUAGUGUAGUAGCCUGAAAUUCGCACCACACCCAUCUGGCUGGCUCGUCGUCUCAGCUGCUCCUUACUUAAACCUGCCCUCCAUCCACCUGGAACUGCUUCCGUAUAACAAAUCCUGGAAUUCUUUCUUGAUGAUCGAAAGCUUACCUACUCUUCCAACAUUUCAUCCCUCAGAACUCAUCCUGUGAUCUCGCAGCCACAAGCUGAAACCCCCCAAGUCACCAGGGCGCAUAUAUCCUCGUGCACUGCUACUCUGCUCUUUGCAGCCCCCGAUCCCAAGAACAGAAGAACGCGUCUUGGGUAAUUCUGUUUUAGAGCCGUGGUCAUCCUCCGUCCCGGCAUCGCCUUCGGCUUGCUCGGUGGGUGCUGUGUGUCCGUUUGAUCAGAGCCAACAAGGAAAAGGAGGCCGAUCAUCAUCACAAAAGUUCUCGCAAUUCUUCUGACAGACUGAUCAUUCUCAAUGAUUCCACAGCAGAUUUAACCAAAUUACAGAAAACAAAAAAAUAAAAA